GUGAAAAUGUAAGCUAUGAACUAUUAGUAUAUCUAGAAUUUACCACAGAUUUCGCAAACAAAGAAAGAGUGCAAAGAGAAUUCUAGCUUGGAAAAUGGCUAUUGGCUAGACUGGGCGGUUUGUGGAAUAUUCGAACAUGCGAUGGAAGUCGAUGAUGCGCCCGUUAUGAAUUUGUUUUGGUCAGUUACAUCCUUGUGGUUAGUAGUACGUUGUUUCUCGUUCGACGCGGUUACGAAAACUGUGUUUCAAUGGUUCGAUGUUAAUUCGUAGUUACUUGUGGAUUUCGCCGGUUCCAUUAUCCAAGACAAAUCUAGUAGCAGUGGAGUGCUUCCCCAAUGUCAGAAUCCAGGGACUUUAAACUGCAAAAAUAUGAUGAGUUUUGUGGAUAACUUUUUGAUUUUCCUACACAAUCUGAACUUGUUCUACGGUAAAAUUAUGGAUAAUGCCAAUAGAUCUCUUCGUGAGAUAAGAACAACAACUCAUGAGUGGAUGCAACGCUUCAUUGGGAAGAUCGCCCCCACAACUCGUCGCACCAAAUCCUUCGACGAUAACGCCUGGAAAUUGCAACGUGACGACGAAUCGCUAAAUCUCUCCUCGAACUUUUCCGCCGUGUCCUCGGUAGCACUUUCUUCGGCCCGUCACGAUCGCCACCACACAAACACCGAUCCUGACCCCGCCUCAAGCCUCGGUGGAAACUCGGCGGUUAGCUGUGGCGGGGGAUUGGAAGACAUUCUAGUGAUCGAAAGUGGCGAAAGUGAUUCGCACCAUCAACCGUAUUCCAACUGUGGUACGUUGAGCCGCGGGGAGAUUCGAAAAAGCCGGUCCAAGAUGAAGAGCUACUUGAAAAGGUGCAAGGAAGCCCUAAUCGGAAGCCAACCGAGCACCGAGGACACAUGUCCAAUCACACAUCACGAAGCGGUUGUUCAACACCAGCGAGAGCAGCAGCAACAGCAGACGUCGACAACAAUCCAGAUCCCCACGGCCAACUGGUAUCUGGACGAUCAACUGUGUGAGAUCCGACCGGAAGAUAACCGAGAACCAUACUCGAUGUUUGCCUCUGCCAGGCUCAAGGAACAUCAGCUAGAAAAUGAGGAGCAUAGGCAGCAACUGCCACAUCGAUUGCAAUUGGGUCAUGAGAAUGGAACAACGCCAACCGAACACAGCAGUAUGGUCCACGAGUUUCAGGAUGAUGAUCCAUUAGAUUCCGUGAAUGAAAGUGGCGCCGCUGGCGGUCCCGUUGCGCAGGGAUCAGAGGCUCGACCCCUCAUACUGCCAUCGCCGCCACCAUCCGCCAUGCUGGGCAACAACAGUUUAUCAUCGAACGGUAUUGAGAAGCUGAUAGACCAGCACUUUGGGCCACUGUAUCCCGAUUACGCGGACCACACACGGCCGGUGCUGGUCCGACAGGCGAGGGAUCUGCUGGUGUGCACCUUCCACGGCGACCUGGAACGGUUCGAGGCCGGUUUCCUCCGUCCGGCGGCAACGAUCGUCGGUGAACUGAGGAGCAGCUAUCUUCAGGGACAGGUAAGCGAGCGUUGGCUGCACUCGGCGAUGUUUGCUGGAGAAUAUGUUUGGUCUACUGAGGCGGUAGGUUGACGCGACAGAAUGAAUACGAGCUUGUCC